CAGUAUUUGGUAAGCAAUUGGAACAAGAACAUAGCGUUUUUUGGAGAAAAGUUUAUUUUGUUUGUGAUUUUAAAAAUAAUAAUAUUUGUGUGUCGAGAAAAUUUCCUUCGAAUAUAUAUAAUUUACGCUCGAUGUUGUAUUGGCUUCAACCAUUCGAGUUGAUUUAUCGCUUUUCAUCAUUGAAUUUUUGGUGUUCUUCAUUUGCAUAAAUUUCAAUCGAUUUUGGUUGUAAAUAUGACAAUUGUUCACAAAUGUUUUGGCUUUAAGUUGAAGAACAGUCCAUUCUGGAUGAUUGUCGCAAUUACCAUUGGCAGUUCGACCUUAGCUGGCAGCAUUUGGAUUGCGUAUGAAAUAUUUCGUACAAAUGAACCUAUCUCUUCAAACGUUGGUGGACUGAUGAAGUACCUAUAUGCAAUGUUCAUUUUCAAGACUUGUCCGUGUGUUAAAGAGUUUAUUGUCAAGAUGCUAUGUGUGAUCAAUUUGUUUUCAUCGCCCAGCUGGUUUUUCGGUAUUAUUAAGAAAAACCGACCAUUCUUGAUAGCAAGCCUUUUUUGGUGGACCAUUGUUUUGCUCUUCAUAUUCUUUCCGUACACGUGCACCAGUGUCUUAAACGAAAUAAUCCAACGAUGGAAACAAUCGGAUAACACUACUGUUUUCGUUUUUGCAAUUGUGCUUCAUUGUCUAGCAACAGGGAUUUUUGUGACUUUUUAUGUGGCUGCUGUGAUAUGUGUCAAGACGAUGAAGGGAGGCGCCGAUGUUGAUCAUCGCGUCGAUGUGUUACAACGGAAAUCCCUUACGAAUAGCCCCACAGAAAUACCGAAUCAGGAACUGUAACGUCAGCUAAUAACAUUGAACAGCAUUGACCAAAGAUUAAAAAACAAGACUUGUUGAACGUUUUUCGAACUUUUUGGGAUAAACAACUAAUAAAUUAUUAUAAAAUUUAAGAAAAAUCAAGUAAUUUGAUCAAAAUGGAAGACCAAAAAGGAUUUUCAUUGUUUUAUUGUUAAAAAUAGUCGAAAUGAUUGAAUAAAUGAAUGAAUUGAUGUUCCUAAUGAUUGAUACAGGAA